CAGAUGUUAAAGAAAAUAUACAUCCACACAGUGGAAAAAAAUUGAAAGUUACACUUUAUACUGGACGGCCAGUCGAAUGGCAUGUUGAGGAACGAUAUAAAUUCAGAUUAUCAAAACUUCUACCAAAUCUUAUUGAAUGGUUGAACGAUUACGAAAAAUUCAUUAUUGCUCCUAACAGUUUGCAUGGACUUAGAAAUAAAAUCAGACAAGGCUUAAUCGAGGAUGUGCCAAUCUCAAGGCCUCGUGGUCCAACAGAUUGGAAACCAAAUCUUCCCGGAGAAACAGAGCAAAUAAUUGAUUCACUUUUUGAUGCUUACAUCAAUUACUUAACAGCAACUGGAUAUCCUUGGUCUGAAAGCAAUUCUAAUAAAUUUUGGCCUGUAGAUAUUCAAAUAUGCCCCAAGUAUAUCCUUAGGAGUCAUGUAAUAUAUGGGCCCGCACUUUUAAUGGGCAUAAAACUACUGCCUCCGAAAAAGUUAUUUGCUCAUUCGUUCCGACAAUCGCGGAGUGAUGCAGAUCCUUUUCAAGUAAUUAAUCAUUAUGGUUCCGAUGUUUUUCGAUAUGUCUAUUUAGCGUACGGUGAUUACUCUAACUCAAAUGUGAAUCAACUUGGUCAACUAAUUCAUAAAUGUUUGUCUCCUAAAUUAUUCCCAAAUGGACCAUGGAUUCCGACAUUUCCAACCAACCAAAAUGGAAUGCCUGAUAUUGAUAAACUUAUACAGCAGGCAUUAGAAAAUUUGCCAGAUACCGUGGAUAAGCAUUAUGAAAAGUUAGAAUUUUCCAAAGCUCUAAAACAAAUACUCGCCACUAUUACUUUGGCCAAUGAGUAUUUCGAUAAAGUAUCACCAAUCGGAUUCCUUACGACGAAAGAUUACAUCUCGAUAAAUCGCGCGUUAUAUCAUUCAUUUGAAACAUUACGAAUGACUGGGAUAUUAUUGCAACCAAUAAUGCCGGAUAGAUCUUUGAAAUUAUUAAAUAUACUAGGUGUAAAACAUGAUGAGCAUAAAUGGGAAGAUGCCAAAUUCGGAAAGGGCUGGCCGAUUCUAGAUAAUAAAAGACGUAGAUGGGCACCUUAUUUAUAUUACAAUUUAUACCCUUAUAUUACAAAUCUAGUUGAUGAUGAUGUUACUAAUAAGGAAAAUAAGCAAGAUACAAAAAAG